UCAAGGAGUCUACUCUGAAAAGACCACAGUUGAUGAAAUCAAUGGAAUUAUUUUUGGCGGUUACAGCACCCUAGUGAAUUCUUUGACUUUUAUAUUAGUCAUGAUUGGAUCCAAUCCUGAAGUGCAGGAACGUGUUUAUACGGAAAUUCAAAAUGUAUUGAGCGAUUCAACACGAGAAGUAAACAUGGACGAUCUGAAUAAUUUCAUUUAUUUACAUGCUGUAAUUUUAGAAGUUUUGCGUUUAUAUCCAGUGGUUAGCAUUAUAACAAGGAAAACUAAGAAUUCUAUGGACCUUAGUAAAUACACCAUCGACCCUGGCAGCAACUGCUUAUUAUUCAUCCAUGCCAUGAACCGCCACCACUCCUGGGGAGCUGAAAGAGAAGCCUUCAAGCCUGAGAGGUGGCUGGAUGGGACCUCAAGACCACCGUAUGCUACAUUUGGCUUGGGAAGACGUUCGUGUAUUGGAAUGAAACUGGCCUUAAACUCGAUGAAAGUCAUUCUGAUCCAUCUGCUAAGGGACUACAAAGUGAUUGCUGAUAUAAAAAAGUUGGUGAUCAACCAAGAACUGCUACUCACACCAGUGUCAGGGCAUUAUAUCGCUUUGGAGAAGAGAUCGAAGACACUUUCAUCAUCAUUUCAGCCACAGGACGUCCACUGCUGAACAUAGGCCUCC